CCUUGUACUACGUGAUGUCCACUCCAGCGGCGCGGCGAGCGAAGCCAAAGAUCAAACCACCACGAAAGCACGGCAACGAUAUCUCUAUUGACCAAACAUGGGCCGAACUCGCACGCAACAUACGCGAGAUUCAGAACAACAAUGCCAGCAACCUCUCCUUCGAGCACAACUACCGCUUCGCGUACAACAUGGUCCUCUUACGACACGGAGAGAAGCUAUAUAAUGGCGUCAAGCAGCUCGUCGCAGAGAACCUCGAAACUCUAGCUCAAGAGCGCAUCAUCCCCGUCUUCCCCACGGGCAUGGUCAAGGACGGCCCUCAACUCAGCCAGGAGAGCGAGAUCCUGCUCAAGGCGCUGAAGUCAGUAUGGGAUGACCACACAAGCAACAUGACGCGGCUAGGGCAGAUCUUGCAAUACAUGGACCGCGUUCACACCAAAUCCGCGAACGUGCCCCCGACGUGGGACGUAGGACUUGACCUCUUCUUGCGCCACAUCCUCCGCUCGCCGAUCAAGGAUCAUCUUGUUAGCGCCGUCCUGAACGAGAUCCAGUAUGAACGCGAAGGCUACAUGAUCAAUCGCUCGACCGUCAAGGGCUGCGUCGACGUCUUCCUUGGUCUCAUAGCCGAUGCCGACACGCAGGAGACUGUUUACAAGAGAGACCUUGAGCCUCCCUUCCUCAAGGAAAGCGAGGCUUUCUACCGUGCUGAAGGAGAGCGAUUAGCGGAGACAUGCGACUCGCCAGAAUACCUGCGUCGGGCGGAAUCCCACUUUCUUGCCGAAGAGGACCGAAUACACCACUACCUGCACCACCAGACCGAACCCGCACUACGAAGCAUCCUCCAAGACCACCUCCUCUCCCGCCACCUAACACACAUCCUCUCCGCCCCGACAGGCCUCGACUCCAUGCUGGACAUGGACAAGUACGAUGACCUCGAUCGGCUGUUUCGCCUCUUCUCCAUGGUGCCGGCAGGUAUCCCUUCCCUCAAGCGGGCGCUACGAGAGUCAAUAUCGCGGCGAGGAAAGGAGAUUAACCAGCUGUCCCUUGGUGGGAGUGCCGAGCCCAAGGCUGAACCGGAGAAGGGGAAAGGCAAGGGCAAAGCCCGCGCCACGGCUCAGUCGGAUGCGCUGUCCUCCGCUUUGCGAUGGGUACAGGAUGUGUUGAACCUGAAGGACAAGUUCGACACCGCGUGGGAGAAGUCCUUCCAGAGCAACAGGGACGUCGAGAGCACUUUGAACGAGGCAUUUGGCACGUUCAUCAACAUGAACGAGAAAUCACCGGAGUUCAUAUCAUUGUUCAUCGACGAUCAUCUGAAGCGCGGGCUCAAGGGCAAAUCUGACGACGAAGUCGAACAAGUGCUCGACAAGACCAUCACCGUCUUCCGCUACAUCACCGAAAAGGACGUCUUCGAGCGCUACUACAAAGCACACCUCUCCAAGCGGCUUCUCAACGCACGCUCCGUCUCCGACGACGCCGAGCGCGGCAUGCUCGCCAAGCUCAAGGUCGAGUGCGGCUUCCAGUUCACGCAGAAGCUCGAGGGCAUGUUCCACGACAUGAAGAUCUCCGCGGAGCACAUGGACAAAUUCCGUGCGCACCUGCUGAGGGGGACGUCGUUGCAACCGCCGGCGGAGGUGUCGGUGAUCGUGAUGACCUCGACGUUCUGGCCGGUCUCGAUGGUGCCGGUGCCGUGCGCGAUGCCGGGGGUGCUGCUGAAGAGCUGCCAGGCGUAUGAGAGGUUCUAUAUGUCGCAGCAUAGUGGAAGGAGGUUGACGUGGCAGCCGUCGUUGGGGCAUGCGGAUGUGAGGGUGCGUUUCAAUGCAAGGACGCAUGAUCUGAAUGUGUCGACAAUGGCGCUCGUCGUUUUGCUGUUAUUCGAGGAUGUCGAGGACGAUCAGUUCUUGACUUAUAAGGAAAUCAAGGAGGCUACGGGCAUCGCGGACGCCGAGCUGCAGCGACAUCUGCAGUCCCUCGCCUGCGCGAAGUUCAAGAUCCUCAAGAAGCACCCGCACGGCCGCGACGUUGACCCCUCCGACUCCUUCUCCUUCAACGCCGACUUCAGCGCGCCGAUGCAGAAGAUCAAGAUCAGCACCAUCUCCUCGCGGCCCGAGACGAACGACGAGCGGAAGGAGACGCGCGACCACAUUGACGAGGAGCGCAGGCAUCAGACGGAUGCAUGCAUCGUGCGCAUUAUGAAGGACAGGAAGCGGUGUGGGCACAACGACCUCAUCAACGAGGUGACCCGGCAGCUGUCCUCGCGCUUCCACCCCAAUCCGCUGGAUAUCAAGAAGCGGAUCGAGAACUUAAUAGAGCGCGAAUACCUCGAACGCUGCGACGACCGCAAGUCAUACAAUUACCUAGCCUGAGACGAGGAUGUAUGCCCUCAUGUGUAUCGCGUAUAUACGCUCACUGUAUCACCAACAUUGUUAUAUCGCAUCUUUUGAGUUUCUUUGGCCGUAUCGACGCGGCACCUCCA